AUGUCUUUGAUGAUCGGGGUGCUUCUGGUACUGUUGCUCGUCGCGGCAACAGUUGUCGCUUGGCGACUCUCGGGCCGAUCCCCACCUCCUCAUCAGCCCGCAUCACCUUAUCCUCAUCCGAGCUUCAACGACAACAGAGAGAAGCCCGGCAUCGCGAAGCAGACAACCGAUGAAGACAUCCACAAUGAGGUCAAAAUCGAACCUCUUCACGACUUCUCAUGGCAGGACACACCACCCCUCCAGCUCCGGCCCUUCAAGCCAAAAUACCACAUCACCAUGGCCAUUCAGACCUCCUCCCCGUCAGAGCUGAUCAUCAUGGAUAAGAACUAUCUCGAUCGAGUCACCGCUCGGAAAGCAAUCCUGGCCUCCCACCCAAAAGUUGUCAAAGGGUACAUCCCCUCUGGCAUCGCCCCCAUCAGGGAGCUCUACGCCUACCUCAUGGCCACCUACCUACCCACCCGCUACCCAACCAUGUUCUCCCUCUCUCCCGAUCGAACAACCCUUCACAACAAAAUCACCUCUUGCCUCUCUCCAGUCUCCCCCCUUGACCUCCCCCCCGACGAGCUCCUUUCCACCCUGGCCACAACCAUCGAAGACGACAUCUUCCUCCUGCUCCCCGACCCGGCUACCGGCCUCCACCGCUGCGUGGCCUUCCUCUGCUGCCACCCCUCCGGCUUCGACCCUUCAACAAAGCUAGACCAAACCCUAGCCGGCAUCCACGGUCCUGUUCCUUCCUACGGCAAAAUCGGUGCUAGCAUGGAGAAAUUCUUCUCCAAACUGGAAGUGGGAAAGCCAGUUAAGAGGGUGAACUGGGGGCUUCAGACGCAUAAGGAGCUGUACACGCCGAGCGGUAACCACAUCCAUGAGCAUGAAGUGGAUAGUUUGACGGAGGAGGAUAGGGAGGGUAUUGAUGUUAGUCAGACGAGGUUGAGGGUUGAGUUGCAGACCUUGACGAGACUGCCGGGGACGAGGGGGAUCGUGUUUAGUUUCAAAACCUUUUUGUAUGGGUUGGAUGAGAUUAGGGGGGAGGGGAGGGGGGAGGAGCUGGCGGUGGCGGUGGAGGGGUUGAGGGGGGGGAAUGCGAAGGGGAUGUGGGUUUAUAAGGGGGGGGUUAGGUGGGGGGAGAGGGUUUGUGGGUAUCUGAGGAGUUGA